AUCACUUGUCAAGAUCAGAGGUCAGGUUCAAAUGCAGGUUAUCAUGGAUGAACUCAGAAGGGAUUACAGAUCUUCUUCAAAGAUAGAUUUCUUUGAGCAAACACUAUUUCCUAGAGUAAAUAGAAUCCUAAUUCAAUGUACUAAAUGUACCAACGAUUUAAUCUGUAAAUGAAACCCUCUCUAUACAUCCAUUGGUAUUCUUUCAUUCUUCAUUUGUUUCUAUUUUUGAAGCAUUUUCAGUUAUCACAGUAGACCACAAUGGGAAAACAUAACCCUGGACGUCUUGCCGCAAUAGUGGUGUCUGUUGUCGGCUAUGCAAUAAGUUUGGUGUUCAAUGGGCUGUCUGUAGUUGGAAUUGGUCCUUAUGAUACCACCACAGCCAAUGUGUCUGCAGUGUUUAACACCCAGAUCACACCUUCAGGUUGGACUUUUAACAUCUGGAGUGUUAUCUACAUCUGGCUGACAGCCAUGAUUAUCUACAUCGUCGCAGGACUUUGCAGAAAGAAUGGUUAUGGCUAUGUUUACUGCAGCCCCGCAGUGUUGCCUUAUGGAUUCUUCGUUAGCUGGUGCCUCAAUCUGUGUUUCAAUAUUGCCUGGCUGAUUGUUUGGGACCAAGGAGUGAUGAUCGCUGCACUGGUUUUUCUCUUCCUGGUCAUCUGCACAAACUACUCCAUGAUAUGCUUCACCUGCCAUGGACUUCAUCUUUAUGGAGCCUGGCUGAAGAAAUACCACAAGGCAGACCUGUGGCUCCUCCGUGUGCUGGUGCAGAAUGGUGUGAUGAUAUACACAACAUGGACAACCAUUGCUACACUAAUCAACCUGAGCAUUGUACUGACUUAUGAUGUAAAGAUGUCCCCAGCGGAUGCUGCAACCAUCUCGUACUCUGUUUUGGCUGUCGUGCUGCUCGUGUGGUUUGUUUUGGAAAACUUCGUCCUUGACAAACACGUGCGGUACAUCCUCAUCAUCUACCCGGUUGUGAUCUGGGCGCUGUGCGGAAACCUGGACAAGAACUAUGAUGCUAAAUCGCCCAGCCGUAAUGGCAUCUUCAUUGUUGUGCUGCUGGCUGUAGCAUCUGUGCUGUUUGUCAUUCGGAUUGUUUUGGUGGUUUGGAGACACAUCAGACAGCCGCUCUAUAUAGAUGUCAGACCCGGAGCCAUGGAACCAACGGAGAUUGCUGAAAAACAGAAAAAGAUAUUUCGCUAAACAUUGUCAGUUUAUGUCAGGUAGAUAAGAGUUGUGCCAAAGUUUGGAAUUGCAUUGUUGAUAAUUAUGAGAACAAAUGUUGUAUUUAAAAAAUGUUGAUAAAUGUAAAAUUCUGAUUGCAUACAGUAUAAUAUA